AUGGCUGGGGCGCUGUUCGGUGCGAUCGUCCUGUCGCGGGAGCUGAAGCGGAUCGCGCUGGUCAAGCCGCAGGGCUGCCCGGUGUGGUGCUUCCCCAUCGGCGAGGUGGAGGGCCAGGACGGCACGGUGGCUGCGAUCUCGGUGGUCGACAAGCAGACGGGCGUGAAUAUAAGGGGAAAGAUCAGCGAAGAUUUUGUAGAGGCAGAGUUUCCAGCAGGAAGUGGCACACAGUGCCGGUUGUACAUGGCCUACGAUGUGCCAGACGGUACCAUGCAGCCAGCGCCAGAGUCGGCGAUCGAGCAGGCCUCCUGGCAUCCAGUGGAGGAAAUAGUCAAUUUGCCACCAGACACGUCAGCAGAAGAGCAGCCAGUGAUGCCGUUUGUGCAGGGCCUGAAGCAGUGGAUCGCACGGAACCAUGAGCUGCGUGUGAAAGGCGACGAGAAAUUUGGAUGGAAUUUGAUUUAUGCCAAAGACCGGUGGAUAGGGAUCAAGCCACAGAUGGUGCUGAGGAACCACCUACAAGGAAACCAGAGUUUUCCUACAUCGACCAAGAGAGUGCCAUAG